ACUAUCUCUCUCUUCUCUUGAGUGCUUCUCUUCCAUUCUUGAGUUAAUCAGCUCUCUUUCUCUUUGAGUUUCUUCUCAUAUUAUAUAAAAUUGCACAAGAAUUUAAAAAUCAAAAAAUGAUAAAUUAUUGAAAAAAAAAAAAAAACAAUUUGGGAGAAAAUUAGAAGUUGUUAUCAAAAUUCAGCAGCACUCAAUAUCGUAAUAAAAUGGCAACUCGAGGUGGAGUUAUGGGAGUUUCGAGCUUCCCUUCAACACCUUCAUGUUUUUGCAGGAAUGGCAGAACCAGCUGCUCCACUCUUUCUUUGCAGAUUGCCAGCAAGUCAGCUACCUCAAGAAGAAGCAUCACCUGUUUUGCUGUGCAAGAAUCAUCUACUUCCACUGUUGAAGAGAAGAAGGUGAAGAAAGUUGCAGAGAAGGCAGCAGCAAAGCCUAAAGCUGCAGGAAAAGCUCCUGCAAAACCACUUCCCCAGUUGAUGGAAGAAGAUGUGAUUCCUUCUUUGAAAGCUAUUCUUGAAGCUGAUGAAGAUAUCACUGAACUUGAGUUAUCUUUCCAAGACAACAGAUUGGAUGGCUCCUUUAAAAAGAAGGGCAACCCUUACUCAUUUUGGGCAUUCUUCCCCAGUGGAAACCUCACGGGUCCAAAAGGGUUUUCUCUAUCAUCUUAUGGCACAGAAGCAAGCACAGUUGAACCAUUUCUGGUUGAUGAGAAGAAAAUCACAGCAAAACAUGUAGUGUUUUGGGUGGAAAAGCGUUUGGCAGCUCAAGGAAUCAUUCCAGUGUGGAAAGAAUAAUAAUGAAUCACAGGUGUAAAGCUAUUCAAAUUCAUUCCAAAUGAUGUAAAAAUGAUCAUCCAUUGUAUUGCAUUUUUUGCUCAAUGGUUAUGAUAUAACAUAAUGUUUUAUCAAGGCAAAUAGACAUAAAAUCUUUUUUAUCACAUCAAA